CUCCGCGUCGGCCAUUUCGUCCGACAAGGCGAGGCAGAACGUCUCAAGACUCGAGCAACAUCAACCUAACAAAGAGUCUUAACCACGAAAAUCCCAACUGUUAACAAAAAAGUAAAAGUCUUAAAAAAAAAAGAAACUAAAGAGAAACCAUGACGGAACAAGCGAUCAAUUUUGCCAAGGAUUUUCUCGCGGGCGGAAUCGCCGCUGCGAUUUCCAAGACGGCGGUGGCGCCCAUUGAGCGAGUGAAGCUUCUGCUGCAGGUGCAACAUGCCAGCAAGCAGAUUGCCGUGGACCAGCAGUACAAGGGCAUCAUCGACUGCGUGGUGCGCAUCCCCCGAGAGCAGGGCUUCGUGUCCUUCUGGCGCGGCAACCUGGCCAACGUGAUCCGCUACUUCCCGACCCAGGCGCUCAACUUCGCCUUCAAGGACAAGUACAAGCAGGUCUUCCUGGGUGGCGUUGACAAGCACAAGCAGUUCUGGCGCUACUUCGCUGGCAACCUGGCGUCGGGCGGCGCUGCAGGCGCCACGUCGCUGUGCUUCGUGUACCCCCUCGACUUCGCCAGGACGCGUUUGGGCGCCGAUGUGGGCAAGGGCAACGCGCAGCGCGAGUUCACGGGCCUGGGCGACUGCCUCACCAAGAUCUUCAAGUCGGACGGCUUCCGGGGGCUCUACCAGGGCUUCAAUGUGUCCGUGCAGGGCAUCAUCAUCUACCGCGCCGCCUACUUUGGCAUCUACGACACGGCCAAGGGCAUGUUGCCAGACCCCAAGAACACCCCCAUCGUGGUGAGCUGGAUGAUCGCCCAGACAGUAACAGCUGUCUCUGGCUUUGCCUCCUACCCCUUCGACACUGUGCGUCGGCGCAUGAUGAUGCAGUCCGGCCGCAAAGCAGCUGACAUCAUGUACACGGGAACCAUCGACUGCUGGAGGAAGAUCGCUCGCCAGGAGGGCACUCGCGCCUUCUUCAAGGGCGCAUGGUCCAACGUGCUGCGCGGUAUGGGUGGUGCAUUCGUGCUGGUCCUCUAUGACGAAAUCAAGAACGUCAUCUAAGCGACCGCGAGCGUGGCUGCUCUGCGCUGCUACCCUGCUCUGUUUCAUGCGGCCGGCAGCGCCGAAAAGGUUAACUAUAGCCAAAACCGCUCUUUAUUUUUUUCUGUCGAAAGGAUGAUAGGUUUUUGUUUGCGCCCCUCUCCGUUCCACAUUUUCAAAACAAUAAAACUUAAGAGGGACAUGAAACACAAUUGAUAAGCUCUUUGCUCCUGCAAACUUCUAUUCCGUGUCCAUUUCAGUUGCACUGGCUGGUUCAUUGUGCGUGGAAUUCCCCAUCUUGUGACGAUGGUUUUUGGGUUGUUGCCCUUGCCUGUUUUGUGAAGGUGGUUCCAUUGUGCUUUCUGCGCGCGGGACAGGCUGCGUCUGUAUUCCCGCUGUUGGUCACAGCUGUUGUGCCCACCUUGUGAGCGGUGUGCGGGCAACACCAAAUGAGUUUAAAAGAAUGACAGUGAUGAAUCAGAAAUUGAAACGUGGAUUUGGCUUGGGAUAAUUUUUUUGGACAUGCUUGACAAGUGCGAUGGUUCAGAUUUGCUUUCCAACAUUUCGGUUUACGGUGAUGUUUUCUUUCUAAAUGUCGGCGACGGUGGCAGGGAGGACAGACGUUCAUUCCAGUAACAAUGCGAUGAUGCAACUGGUGUACUACACAUUCAAGGGACCGACUUUGUCUAAAUGUCUGAGAUUUGCAUGUAAAAUGUAUUACCAUUCCACACCGCCUUCUCCACUGUCGCCAGCUGUCUGUCUGCAAAUGUUGCCAUUUGAGCCAGCCGGUCUGUACAUUUUUGUAAGAGGAAAAGUGCAACAAAAAGGAGAAAUAAAAUAUUUGUUGGACCACG